AUGGAAAGCGAAAAACAAAGUACUGAGAGAGAGACGCCGCCUCAACACUGGACAAGUUGGAAGUUGAUUAUUGACCCUGCUUUGACAAAAGGACUGUACAAAGUCUGCCGCUACGAUGGACAAUAUUUCAACAUUCCCGUUGAGGAUUUAGGCUUGUUUCCAGUGGACACAGUCAGAGAUCCAAGAAUCUGCCGUCUGUGGAGCAAGUGCUUCAAAACUGACCUUUUGGUUACUAAAUUUAAGGUUGAUGAAUGGUACGUUGGUCCUGUUCCUCCCAAAGAAGUGACAUUUUCCAGGUUGAAUGACAAUGUGAGGGAGACGUUCCUCACUAAUAUGUGCAAAAAAUAUGGCAACACUGAAGACGUGGAAAUAUUCUGCAAUCCUAAGAACAAGAAGCAUUUAGGCAUCGCAAAGGUGGUCUUUGACACAGUGAGGGCCGCGAAAGACGCUGUUCAGAACCUCCAUCAGACAUCAGUGAUGGGAAAUGUUAUUCAUGUGGAAAUUGAUCCUAAAGGUGAAAAUAGGGCACGGUAUCUUCAGCUCCUGUUAAGCGGCCUGUAUACCCCGCAGACAUUGCCAGUGGGCAGCAGUGAGCGAGCUCUUCAAAGUUUGAUCGACAGUUUGCUGGGCAGUACAGCCACGCACCCAUCAGGGAGUGUCUCCAGCCCCACCAGCAUUGCUACACCCCUCUCUCUGGACACAGCCUACUCCAGUAUUUGGCAGGAUACACCGUGCAGCUUCAGACUGACACCACUCUCUCAGGGAACCCCCCACACUCCUUGCUUGUCUGCGACUCCUCUCUCACAGGACUCUUGCUACUCCAGUCUUCAGGCGACUCCAAUCCUCCAGGGGGAGCCCUUUACCUAUAGUGUUCCCAAACCUUUAAGACAAGAACUCUGCCUUCGUAAACCUGUGCGGUAUCACAGGGGAUCGGGCCGAGCCUCAAAGGUUAACUUAAUUUUAAAGCAUUGCCAAUCACAGCCUCCACACACCCUCUCGACCCAAAGCAGCCGCCAGCUGGCACUGUGGGGUCACAAUGCACAAUCCUCUACUCACAAUAAUAAGGAGGCUUCCUUUAGCCUGUCCUCCCCCUUUCAGGAGUCCAGAGAUGCAGUCAACACAAGUGCUAUGGCUUUACCUCUGAAUUGCAACUCUGUCAGCAUCCUGAGCUUUAAUUUCACAACUGACCAGCAAACAAUAGCAUCACCUCCACCAGAUGACCACCAGCCAAAGGUAGAGAGUUUGGACUCCCGCAUUGAAAACUUGCUGAUAAACAGCCAGAUUUCUGAUCUGUCAUACUUUGAUAGACAGUCUUUAGAGGCUGAUGCGAACUCUCAGGACAGCCCAGCUUCACCUUGCUCAGCUCUUAAUGCCCCUUUCUUAGAUGACUCAAUUGUUUGGACUCCAACAACUUGUGGAUCCUUUACAAGAAUCAACCAGCAGACCUAUAAUAAUGUUCUACAUCCCAAUCCAGCACUGCUUGUCGAAGAUGAAGAGAAUGAAACUACUCAAGCUGUUUCAUUUCUAACAAGAAACUCCCAGUCUCCCAUUUCAUGUGAUUACACACAUGUUGAAAGGAGGGCUCACGUAAACAAUGAACACAAGUUUCAGUCGUUAUCAUGCCAAAAGGAGCAUCAUGCAGCACAUGAAGAAAAGGAGCACUCAAGUAACAGAGAAUCUGGAGCUCUGACACCAACAAAAGACAUCUCUCUCCCUCAGCCUCCAUCCAUUUCUUCUCUCAGUAGCACCACUCAGUACCUGACCCCCAAAACUCCUCCUGCUGUUACAGCUGGGUGUUCUCAUCCACCAGUAACCCCUUUCCCUUUCCCCAUUCCUCCCUUUCCUACAUCUGUUCCACCGGUCCCACCUCGCCUACCAAAUGGUGCUAUUCCAAUCCCACCUCCAGGAUGGAUCCCACCUCUGGGCCAUCACGCUGGCAUCCCCAUUCCACCUCUUCCUUCUAUGCCUCCCCCACCAACUUUUCUCGGACCCCCUCCACCUUUGAUGGUGCCACCGCCUGUUCCACCUCCUGUUCCACCUCCUGUGCACUUGUACCCCCUACCUCUACAGCCUGCACGACCUUUGGAGAAGGGGAACCCUCCGAGGCAUGGCAGUGCGCCUUUAUCGUUCCCUCACCCGCCCUGGUCCACUUCGCCUUUUCCCACAUUUAACCCCUUUGUGCCACCACCGGACUACCAGCUUGUGCAGGAAAACCCCCACAAGAUCACAGCAGAAAAAGUUUUAGAAGUCCUCAUGGAUGAACUGAAGUCGAUCAUUAAGAAGGACAUUACACGUAGAAUGAUUGAAGGGGUCGCUUUUAAGGCAUUUGAGGACUGGUGGGAUUGUCAGGAGCAGAAAACAAAGAUUCAGGUUUCUCCAUUGAAAAGUGGAGCAGCAAGUGUACAAGAGAAGAAGAAACUCAUAAGCCCCCUUGGUCACAUCAGUAGGCAGGGCGAAAAACCUCCAUUGCCAUCCUUCAGGGUGAAAAGGAAAAGAUCUGAAGAGAUGGAAAAUGAGCCAUGUUGUACUCAUCAAAUUUCUGCUGUUAAACCAGGGGACGAUAUGUUAAGACCUGCAUCUGAGAGAGCCAAACGCAGACAUGCAAGACCACUACAACUUGACAGUGAUGAUGAUGAGAAGACUUGUUCAGGAAGCAGCUCCUCAGGGGAGAACGAGUGCUCCUCAGACUUCGACUCCUCUGAUUCCUUCUACUCGGAGAGCUUCGAGGACUCGUUCUCUGACUUCAGUACUGAAGAUAAAGACAUGGACGAUGACGACAGCAGGAGUGAUGAGUGUGUAGUGAUCUCAUCAGAUGAAGAUUCAGUGGAGCUUGAGCCCCCUCCUACUCCCUCAGCGCCACUUACUCCCGGUGCUCAGCUGGAUCUCGACCUGCAGGACUGGUCAGAUCUGUUUCAUAGGGAGGAAGCAGAGGAGAACCAGUACACACCCUAUCAACAAGACACCUGCAACUUGGAUGCCAUGAUGGAGUGCCAAACCAGUGAGCCUCAGGAACUACUGCCCCCAUCACCGAUAGGACUUGCAGAGGAGCCAGGCCUUGACGGGGAGAUGGACAGCCCUGAAUGGACAGCAGAGCUUGCAGUGAACAUAGACAACCUGAGGCCUCUCACUCCUACUGGCUGCUUGGUGGACAGUGACCCUGACAUUCUGAUAAGAAGCAAACCAAAAUCUCCAGCUGUGGAGGACGUGGAACGACCACAAACGCCAGGCAAAGGGAUUGUGAUUGAACUGGAAAGUAAAGACUCAGAUGAAGCAGAUGAAGUCUUCUCCCUCUCCUCAGCAAACGAUGAGCUCAUCAUAGCUUCCUCUGACCCCUUGUCAGCCUCAUAUCCUCUAUCUCAGGAGAUGCCUAAAACUCCUGGGAGAGAAGAAAGAAGUGUAUGGACUCAUUACAGCUCUGCAAGAGUUCCAGCAACACCUGGCAGAGAGAUGGCUGAAGGUAGCACAGUGUGUCCAUCUCUACAUAGCUCACCAGCUGUUCUGCGGCCGUCCAGCAAUCCAUAUGUCACAGCCCCAAAAACUCCUGGAAGAGACAUAAUCCUACUCCGAAGAGCCAUAGUCCACAAGAGGAAAACACUAAUGGUGACCACCUCACUGCCUCUGUUAUCUAACAACUUUGUUCGGGGUUCUCCUGUCACAGUGUCCUCUCCAUGGAGCCUCUCUGACUCUUCAUCUGACACUGCUGAUGGGAGUGACGGACAGAUCAGUUCAGGUGUGAGAACCAAGCCCUUGCAGGGGUUGGAGAAUAUGCCUGGCCUUUUGGAUGAAGAGAAAUCCUUAUUGAGACAUAAACUGUGGAGGAGGCUGAAGAGGAGAAGAAGAGCCCGUCAUCAACGGUGGUCACUGAAGAGAAUCAGUAGUUCGCUCUCUUCUGCUAGUUGUCCUCGCAGGUGGCGUUCACUCUGUGAGGAGAGGAGGAUCCUUCACAGUGUAUGGAAGGAGGGCCUGGAUGAAGAAGAUGCAAGACUGCUGCAGUGUACCUAUGAAAGGCUGCAAGAGCAGGAUAAUGGCCUUGGGUGGCUCAGUGACACCCUCUGGAUACCUCAUCCUCUGACGAAAGUCCUCACUGAGAAGAAUGAGGAACACAAACCCUGGCAGCCAAACCACAAGACCGGCUCUGCUCGGAGUGAAGGCUUCUACAGAAUCAGCAGGAAGGAUAAAAUGAAAUACCUCAACAAUACAAAGCUGGCAACUGAGCUUCCUUCUACAAGUGCUCAGGGAAUUUGCAUCCCAGCCCAGCAGCCCACAUCACUGCGUGCUGGAUCUGACUUCAGGUCUGAACAGCGCCGCCUGCUGUCCUCUUUCAGCUGUGAUAGUGACUUGGUCAAGUUCAAUCAGCUGAAGUUCCGAAAGAAAAGGAUUCGCUUCAGCCGGAGUCACAUCCAUGAGUGGGGCCUGUUUGCCAUGGAGCCUAUAGCAGCUGAUGAGAUGGUGAUCGAGUAUGUGGGCCAAAUCAUCAGACAGGUCAUCGCUGACAUGAGGGAGCAGAGAUACGAGGAGGAGGGCAUUGGGAGCAGCUAUUUGUUCCGGGUUGAUCAGGACACCAUCAUCGAUGCCACUAAAUGUGGGAACUUAGCCAGGUUUAUCAACCACAGCUGCAACCCAAACUGCUAUGCAAAGAUCAUCACUGUGGAGUCUCAGAAGAAGAUAGUAAUAUACUCCCGGCAGCCAAUAAGUGUCCAUGAAGAGAUCACAUACGACUACAAGUUUCCUAUUGAGGACACAAAGAUUCCUUGUUUGUGUGGAGCAGAUAGCUGCAGAGGCUCCUUGAACUGA